AUGUCUCAUGUGGACGAAGCAGCCCGCCGGUUGUCCAAAAGUGGGACAACCCUCUAUACAGUGCUGGAGCUUAAGAAGGAUGCCUCACCUGAAGACAUCAAAAAGUCCUACAGCCACUCCCCAUUCUCUCCCCACCCUCCUUUUGGGUAUUGCCUGGGUAGGAAACUGGCCUUGAAGUAUCAUCCAGACAAGAAUCCAGGGGACGCUCAAGCAGCAGAAAUAUUCAAAGAGAUCAACACAGCCCACUCCAUACUGAGUGACCCUAAGAAGCGGAAAAUCUACAACCAGCAUGGCUCAUUGGGAAUAUAUAUAUAUGAUCACUUUGGCGAAGAAGGCGUCAGAUACUAUUUUAUGAUGAAUAGUUGUUGGUUCAAGACACUCGUCGUCCUGUGUGCUCUGCUCACCUGUUGCUGCUGCUGCUGCUGCUGCUGCUUUUGCUGUGGAACCCUUAAGCCACCAUCUGAGGAGGUAGUAAGGAGAAAAUACCAGCAGAAUGUCCAGACUCAGCCUUCAAGGUCAGGUGAGAACCACAGACAGGGACUGAGGUAA